AGAAAAAGGACGUCAACAUGUGUUGUACCACCAACAACUUCGUCCUUAAUUAGGAACACUGGGCGAACAAAUUUGAAAUCAAGAGUUUAGGGUUUUCGUUCUCCCGUUUCUGUUUUCUGCAAUUUUUGCUUCAAUUCUCUCUCGCCAAUUUAAGAUGACUAAAGGGGAAAGAACCUCACCGCCAGAGUCGAGAACCUCACCGCGACACUCAAGUCGCAGGUCACGAUCUAUAUCCAGGUCCCGGAGAAGUCGUUCUAGGAGCCGUUCUGAGGAUGCUCUUAAUCCUGGGAACAAUCUUUAUGUCACUGGUCUUUCUACAAGGGUUACUGAAACUGAACUCGAAAAUUAUUUCAAACGUGAAGGGAAGGUUGUUAAGUGCCAUUUGGUCAGAGACCCUCAUAGUAAGGAGUCCCGUGGUUUUGCAUUUGUUACUAUGGAGACCAACAAAGAUGCAGAGCAUUGUAUUAAGAACCUGAACCGGUCUGUUAUGGAAGGCCGAUUAAUUACUGUUGAAAAGAAUCUGCCUGAUAUUGUUUGGCAGCAGCCAUGGCUAAAAGGAAACGAGGGAGAACUCCAACUCCUGGAAAGUAUGAAGGUGUUAAAAAUAAAAGAGGAAACAGCUGGAACAGGCAAAGAUCUCGUAGUUACUCACCUCGUAGGAGACAUGACAGAGAUAAUGAUAACCGGGAACGACAUGGGGUACGUUCCUCCACUGAUAGCAGGAGGGGAGGUGAUGAUGGUCAUCACCAUAGGAGUCACAGACAGCGUUCCUAGUUCCUGUAGUGUUGAGCUAGAACCUGCAUAUCCUUCAUCUACAUCAAGUCAACUAACCUUGAAGAGGAUUAUGAAUUUUGGGAACUAAAUUUGGAAACGUUAAGAAUACUUUAUUAACCAUUCUUUCUCUGCCCAUUCUUUGUGGGUGCACUAUAUUGUGUUUGAUAAUUGGUGUAUUUGGCUAUUAGUGUAAACCGUUAACAACUCAUGAAUUACUUGCUACUCCAUUUUGGUUCA